GAACUAGAACAAUAAGCAAUUAGUAAAAUUGAUUAAUAAUGGAAAUAAGGGCAAAUGGUUAAAUAAUUGUUCUAUAUUCCAUAGGCAUAAUGCAGAAAUAGAUGCGGUACUUAAUUAUUAGUUGAAAUAUGGUUUUGAAAAAUGACGGGAUGUUACAGUAGAUAACUCUCCUUACUUUUCCUUCAUGGGUACCCAGUACGUUAAAUUCGAUGCGCACCGAAACAGAAUUGGAUUGACGACUUCGGUGGAAACUAGACUCAUGUCGCCUUUUGCCGCAUCCUGUGUGUAGGAGCCCUUAUUCCAAAGCGAAAUACGGGAGUUAGCUACCUAUUUAUUUAUAUCAUCUGUGAUUGAUAAAAACAUAACCUACGAAUUAUUUGAUAUAUUGUUUGUAUGCAGUGAUAUAAUCGAGUGAAAAUGUCAUUGAAAAGAAAAUUGACGCAAGAUGACUUGCGUAAGGCGAUGAGUGAGCAGAAGAAAAAACUCGGCAUAAAUAAAAAGAUCGAUUCACCAUUAGCAAAAUAUCCUUUUUAUAAAUCUGUAAACAAAGUACGUAAUGUUGAAUAUAAAGAUCCCAUUGAAGAAGAAUGGGAAAAAUUUCAAAAAGAAAUUAAAGAAGAGACUGCGCAAUCUGCACAAAUUAUUGCUGAUGAUCAGGAGGAAGCAACAACAGAACGGCAAUUGGAUGAAAUUGAGGAGCAAAUUAGGCAUUGGUCUAGGGUAAUAGAUCUUGCAAAACACAUGGAACAAGUUCAAGGUACUGAUAGAAAACAAGAAAAUAUCGACGAUGAUGUAUUAAGCAGUGAUGAAGCAGAGUUUGAGGAGUUUCUUGACUGGCGAGCAAAAAAUUCAUAUAAAUAAAACAUUUUAUGUAUAGACAGCAAUUUUGUAAAUAUUCUGUACUUUCUUGACAAGAAAAUUAUUUACUUAAAGUUACAAAACUGUUAUAUUUAUAUUUUAUUGCUUUUUCUUUAAUCAUAAAAAUAUUGCUGUAAUAAUGAUAAAUAUAUAUAAAAUGAUAAAUAUAUAUGGGUUAUGUCUUAAAGAUUGUUACAUAUCUAAUGCAAGAAAUACUAAUGUCUACAAUUAAUUUUGCAUUAUAUAUUUUUUACUUAAAAAAAGUAAAAAAUUUAUUAUUUAUUAUAAUUUGUUUGCUUUUUGUUUAAAUAUGUAUAUAUUCUCAUAAUUAUUUAGCUUUAUAUAUACAGCUAGAUUUUUUAUUCUAUUUAAUUUUCUGAUGAUAUUCAAAUUAUGUCUUUUGCCGGUUUAACCGCUCUAGAUGACUAAAAUAAUUGCUAAGGAAGAAGAUCAAAUUUUAAUAUAAUUCUUAUGUGUGUAGUGUGUAUUAUAAUAUAAGAUUUUAUUAAAAUGAAUUUGAAGAAUCAGAAUAUAAUAAAGUUUUAGAUACAUUGGUAUAGAUUUUACUUAUUAAUCGUUGUGUAAGAGAACUAUAUAAUGUGAAAAGUAUAAUAUAAAGAUAUGAGAUAUAUGCUAAGCUAAUAAAAUUAAUAUAGAUAAGUAAUUACGACAUAGAUCAUAUAAUUUAAUAAUAUUUGCUUUCAUUCACACACACACACUGUUCUUUAUAAAAUAUUGAAAAUAAAAGAAAGAGAAAAUCACGUAUAUUAUUAUACAGCAA